CCUUUCAUCAGCAACUACGAGCUAGUUACGUAUGAUCACGCGGCAUUACGUCAUGAUCAUAUGACUAAGCGGUCAACCAACCAGCCAGUCAUUUUCCAGUUUGCAGCGUUUGGAAGGACUUUUACGCCUAUUAUGAAACUGCAGUCGGAUAUCUUCCAUCCUGACCUGAUAGUCGAAACCGGAAACUCAAGUUUGCAGUUCUCUUCGUAUACUUCGUACAGCGGACAUAUUAAAGAGUGUGGAGGGAAUGUACACGGUAUUAUCACAAAAGACGGUCAUUUUGAGGGCCGAAUAAUUACAAACGAAGACAUUUACCACAUUGAAAGGACACGUCAUUACAAGAACAUAUCCGAUCCUACACCGUAUCACACGGUGGUGUACAGGCAAUCUGACGUCAUGUUCAAUAUCACCAAUGCAAAAUGCUCACAUGCUCGAAAGAUGAACACAAGCUCAAUUGCUGGGAAAACAAAAUUCAGUGAUUCAGAUUCAAAACAGACGCACGCCGAUUUCGGUUCUGAAAAAUGGAUGACAAGAAAUUAUCGGCGCUACAAACGAGGCGCUGAUACCCUGAAAACCACAUGCGAACUUUAUAUGCAGGCUGACCACCUGUUUUACGAGAGAUAUGGAAGUGAUAUGGACACUGUCAUUGAGAAACUGACAUUGCACGUGCAAGUCGUGAAUUCUAUUUUUCAAACAAUAGAUUUCGAUGGCAGCGGGAGCCCGGAUAACGUGGGGUUUAUAAUCAAGAAAAUCAAGGUCUGGACGGAUCCAGAGGCGCAAGGAUACAAAUAUGGCGGCAACUUUGACGUUGACUUCUUUCUGGACCUACAUUCUAAGGAAAAUUAUGACGCUUACUGCAGGGCAACUGGUAUUUAA